CAACCGGCUCGGCUCGGCUCGGCUGCUCGGCUCGGGUGACGCCUCGCGCUGGCUAUAUCGCUUGCUUAUUUUGCUCCAGUAGCUUGUGUCUAUUUCACUGGCGAUGGAGAGCGAGCUGCUUCGAAGGGAACAGGAGUUUCACAAAAUAAACUCCGAGCUUGAGGAGCGGACAAACCGACUAUUGCAGGAGAUUGACGCAGCCAAGAGUAAAAAUGGGCUUAAUGAUAUUGCACGUCCAGUGAUUAGUUCAGCACUCAAUCGUUCACGAUCACUUUCUCAAAAAAAUGAUUCGACAUCGAUGCAGUCAUUCUCUGUCAAAGAAGAAAGAUUCCCUAGCUCUUCAAACAAGAAAGAAAUGGCUGAGGACCCCCUUGCCAUUCGGAGCAAUGGUUUGGGAUAUGAGGCAACGAACCGACUGCUAAGAGCUAAAUUAACUAUCCUGAACAAGGAAGUCGACACCCUGAGACAAGACUACAAAAGCAAGUCAGAAGAAUGCAGAAAACUUAGCGCAGAACUAGCUAGGUCUGACGAAGAAGGUGCCCGUCUUGACUCCUCUCUUUCAAGUGCAAGAGACGCUGCAGCAAAUCUUCAAAAUAAACUUGAAUUAACAUCGCAAAACCUGACAAGAGCACAAGCUGAAAACUCUUCAUUGAACAAGGAAUUGGCAUCUGCUAAAAAGGACCUGAAACUCCAGAAGCAACAGACUUCUGCUGUAGAAUUACGUUUAAACAGAGCUCUGGAGGAUAAUGAGAAACUUCGCAACAGCAUGAAACAAACUCAACUUCAGGUCAAGGAUGAUCGAGAAAAUCAAAGAAAAAUAAUAGAUCAACUUCAGUGUAAACUCAAAACACUAGAACGCCAACGCAUGGAGUUCACCAGCAUCUGCACCAAGCAGUCACACUUAAUAGACAAUCUCCAGAGACAAAAGGCUCAUUUAGAAGCCAACAACUUUUUACACACAGCAGAAAAUGAGUUUGAUAACAUCCUUGAUUGGUGCUUGAAAGGUGAGAACAAAGCAAAAGUAAAUUCUUAGAUGGAAGCGAGAGGGAGGGACAGUAAAAGACUUUGCAAAGUGA